ACCAUGUCACUGGCAUCCUGGUUCAGGUGGAAUGAGCCCCCAAACCGUGUUUCCCAGAGGAACCCCUCCGAGAUGGUGGCCGAGACACUAAUGAUGGAGCUGAGUUGGCAGAUGAAGCAGGCCGAGAAGCAGCACCGAGAGCGGGAGAACGAGUAUCGCAAGAUCAAGACCGGGGUGGACUACGGCUGGCUGGUCAGCUACCCAAAGCAGAGCUACGAUAUCAGCCCAGGAGAACGGCUGCAGCUGGAGGAUAUGUGCAGCAAAAUCCAUCCUUCCUACUGCGGGCCUGUGAUACUAAGGUUCCGUCAGCUCAUUGCUGAAUACGAGCCCGAAGUGCAGGAAAUAUCGCGGCUCUUCCGCUCCGUCCUGCAGGAAGCCGCCGAGAAGAUCAAAGAGGAGGAAGAGGCCAAGAAGCUUGCCAGGCAGUGGAAUACAAGGAACAAAACCAGCCUCUCCUUAACGACGUUUAAAUCCCGGUCCAGGAUUUCUCCCUUCAUCAGUGACAUCAAGACCAUCUCUGAGGACGUGGAACGGGGUACCCAGCCUACCAGGAGGGUUUGGAGCAUGCCAGAAUUUCGGAGCACCAAGGAUUACUGACUCUGUACAGAACAAGGUUUUUAGACAGUGAUCUUUUAAACUCCCCGUUAACCCUUUUUUUAUCUCUGCCCCUGCUUUGUUGCAGCUCUCUCUCCCCAUCUGCCUCUCGUGGAAGCUGUGUCCAUAGUAACUGCUGCUGACGCAUGCGGUCUGCGACACAAUUUAUUACCAAAUAUGUUACCCUUUCCUUUUGUUCAGUAGAACUCAGUAACCCUAAGGACAGGGGUCACUAUCUCAUUUUUAUCACCGCUUUCUUGUGGAAGAUGAUUUAGUUUUGUGAUGUGUCUCUCCUCCCCACAGCCUGAAUGUGCUGGAUAUCAUAAAAGCUUCUGCCCAAAGCUCGUGAGAGCUGUUGGCUACAGGGCUCUUGCUGAAAGCGAGGAGGUUGCUUUAGAGAGUAGGGCUUGCAGGAUCAGGCCUGUGAGUUAAAACUGAACUUUCCUGACUAUUGAACCUUCCUUAGUGCUGCAGGAGCCUUUUCACAUGCAAAUACAGCACUGCUUUUGAUCAGAUUUUUUUUGCUGAUAGUUAUUUAGCAAUCAAACUUGAGUAGAAACAGACCCAAGGUUUUUGAGAUGGAGAAGCACCUCUGCUCCACAGCAACCAGUUUGUGCAUAUUCAGGUUUCUUGGGUGCAGGCCAACACCCCUGAACCUGGCACAUGCAGAGCAGAGAGAAAUCAAACAACUUGCUGCAUAGACACCCCAGCACCUCCAUCAACGCUGUGUCAAGCCCCCUACCUCCCUCCUUGCUGUUCUGUGUUCAGUGCUCCACCCUCUGUCCCAGUAAUAACCCAGGGUCCAAAUUAAUGCUUAUCACUGAGCUUGGAAGGGCAGUGGAGUACAGCAUCACUGCAGAGAGGAAGAGGGUGAAGGGAAUUGGCCUCUGCCUUCAAGGCUCUUUGUGCAGGCCAAAGGGCUGGGGUCACCUCAGCAAGCUACUGCUCCGAGUGACCGGAUGGCUCUGGGGAUGAGGGGCUCUUCCCUUACUCCUGCCCGCUCCGAGGGCUCGAUAGGGAGGUGUCUGCAGCAGCCUUCGGCCCAUGAGCUGCCCUGAAGGAGAGCUGAGCUGCACCAGCUCAGGGGGAACUCCCACCAGCAGGGGAAAGGGAAGAGCACUCUGAACAGCGUGGUUUCUGGAGAGAAACUGAGUGCUAAGAGCCUCAGUGGUGAGCACCAGGAGGUGGAGAAGGAAGACCUGCCUGUAGGAUUGGCUCCUGGAGAGGCAUCCCAGUGGGAUGCAGCCUUCUGGAAGUUCCCCCAGCUCUGCUGUUCCUUUGCCAAGUUCUGACUUCUUUACCUGGAGAUCACUGCAGCAGCAUGUGGUUACUACAGCCAAGCACUACCCGUGAGGCUGCACCAACCCUGCAAUGAAUUCCAGCAUUUGAAAUCUAUCCUAGACUACAAAUCUACACUUUCUUCUGGGGGUGGGGGAGGCUUGCAUAAAACAAAACCCAAGAUCAACUCCUUAACAGCUCUUAAGACUGUGGGGUUUGGACUCCUCCUGUUCUGGCUGUUUUUCAUCAAAAACCUCAGGGCUUCCAGCACCCUUUUUGUGCUGGGCUACUUCCAUUCCAGGUCAACGGGAGAGAGGCUAAAGCCUUCCGACAAUCAGCUUGCUUUUCCUUGUGCUGUGAUAUGUGACUGAGUAGAGGAGCUAAAAGCAAAAGCUUGUCAUAUUUAGCGUAGUCUUAGUUAGCUCAAGCUGUGUAAUGUUUAAGCAAGGGAUCACCACAAUUACCAAAAGAAAAAAAAAAUUUAGAAGAAAAGCAUUUUUCUAUUUAUUUGUAAGACACUGUAUGGUCCUGAAGGCUCCGAUGGGGUCCUGACUUUCACCCUAGGGCUCAUGUUAUUUGCAUUCGUGUCUCUUUGGACACCUUCAGUACUGAGUGUAUUGCUGCAAUACAUGAUGGACAGCUAGGAGAGGAGGGUCAUUCAGACCCAGUGCUGUAAAGCUCUUGGUUACUGUGCAGCUUCUGUAAUGUGCUCAUUCUUUCCAGAGUAGGACUGGGAGCAAUUAAUUUUCCUACCCUAGAAUCUCCUCAAGUGUGACUACCAGAGCCCCUUACAACCAUAGUUUGCACCUCACUAACAACCUUCAGCUAACAAGUAGACACUGCUCUUGUUUUAUAGCCAUCCAGAGGAGACCAGUCUGGCCUUUGGCAAAGCCAAGUGCAUUCAGAAGGCAGCCUGGGCCAGUCCCUGCUGUAGCAUUCACUCACGCCUCAACUAACCUAUCACUUCUACUGCCACACUACAGCUCAAGCAGCAUCAUGCUCUCACUGUACCUCUUCUGCAGGUUUCACUUGGCUCACAGUAGCACAUGACCAUAAAGGAUACUCAGGUAUAGGGAAUAUAGGCUUGUUAUCUGCUAUCUGGUGCCGCUUAUACCCUCCCAGAGCGCUGCGUGUGCUGGGAAGCGGCUCUUUGGAGGCCGAGCGUGCCCCUCUGCACGGUGUGCAGAGCAGCCCGGGCUGAAGCAGAGAUGCCUUUUACAUGAGGCCAACCCCAAAGGCCCUUUGCAGCUGGCGCAUGGGCAAAGGCACCACGGGGUUGGACUACCACUGGUCUGAGGCACGCACAGUUUGAACAUCAGCCC